GCAGAUUUCCCAGGCGGAUAGGGGAGUUUCCGGGGCAACGCGUUUAAAUGGGGUUCGCAGUCUUGCCAUUUGGCUCCGUUGAGCCGUGUGUGUGCGCGCGCGUGUCUGCGUGUGUUUCCAGAUGUGUGGUAAUGGCUGAUAAGGAAGGUCUGCGGGCUUGAGCCUGGUCUGUGCGAUUCCUGCUUAUUGACUCCUAAUGACAGCAAGUGCCUUGGGGCCAGGAAGCCCUCCUCCUGACCAGUACGGGCUUUGCGAGCGAGCUGGGUGUGACGGGCACAGACGUCCUCCAGCUCUCGCCCACCUCGUCGUCGGCACGAAGAAGCCCCGGGUCCCUCUUAAAGGCCCCGUCUUUGUUGUCCUUCUGGAUCCUUCCUGCCCGUGCUUCUUCAUCGAGGACCUCGGGGAACCUAGGUGGCCUUGCUGGGUGCCACCUCGCAGUGCCAGCUGAACGCUAGCCGUGACACGGUCCCCGUACUGUGGUUCCUGAGCGUCCGUUCGUAUCGCCGUCCCGUGGCAGUGAUGCGUCUGUUCUCCUGGUUCGUGGCGUAGACGUUUGUCAGCUCUGCAGACUACUUUUUUAUGGUACGUGUUAGCGUGUCAGCCUUUAUUCCGAGGGGUAUUGAUUCUCACGCUUGCAGAGAAACAGCGUUUCCACAUAAAGAGCUCAUACCCUGGAGGACUUCUGUCUUCUACAUUCGGGAUAAUAGAAGACUUGAAAGCAGAAAACAAACACGGAAAACCUUGGCUCACGUUUCGAGUCCCAGUGGAAAAGGGAGGUGUGGUGGAGGCUCGCCCGGGAGACAGCAAACCUUCAGGGAAGUUCCGGGUGGGCAGAGCGUGUUCAUACGUGCGUGUGUGUGUGUGUGUCUGUGUGGUCUCUGCCCCAGGAAGACCUUCAGGGACCCGGCUGAUGGAGGCCUCACCACCUUUAACGUGGGCACUGUGAGGUUGCCCGGAGGCGGGAGGUUUCGUGAGCCAGGCCCGCAAGCGGCCCCCUUGACGUCUGCUCCCAUCCACUGCGUGGCCCUCGGGAACCGCAGGAGAGGCUGGCAAGUGUCCAGCCAGGCCCCAAAGGAGGGGUGUGAGGUCUUGUGCCCAGCUGCAGGCUCCGGCGGGGCGGUGGAGGGGCAGGUUUGGGUCAUGUGGAUGUAGGUUUGGUUUCUGAAUCGGCCACUUAUUGCUGGGUGACCUGGGACAAGAUCCGUAUUCAGUCCAGUCCCCAGGGUCUGUCUCUAAUAAUGGGGAGUUGGGGGAAGGGAAGAACACAUACGGGAAUGUUGUUUGUGUCGUGCAUAUCUUAGUGCACAGUAUAUACUAAGUGCUCAAGAAGUGGUAGCUCGUGUUCUGACGUUUAAGAGGUGGGAAUAGGGAGGCAGGUUCUCUUUGGGUCUUUUGCUGCUGAUCCCGUCUGCCCAUCUACCCGUCUGUCCAUCUACCCGUCUGUCCACCCAUCCAUCCAUCCAUCCAUCCAUCCAUCCAUCCAUCCAUCCACAUACCCAGUUUAUCCUCAUCCACCCAUCCAUCCCCAGACCCGUCCAUCUACCCAUCCAGCCAUCCAUUCACCCAUGCACCCAUCUAUCCACGCACCCACACAUCUACCCAUGCACCCAUCCAUCUACCCUCAGACCCAUCUAUUCAUCUACACACCCAUCCAUCCAUCUAUCCACACACCCACACAUCUACCCAUGCACCCAUCCAUCUACCCUCAGACCCAUCUAUUCAUCUACACACUCAUCCAUCUAUCCACACACCCACACAUCCACCCAUCCACCCAUCCAUCCACCCAUGCACCCAUCCAUUCAUCCACACACCCAUCCAUUCAUCUACACACCCAUCCAUUCACCCAUGCACCCAUCCAUCUAUCCACACACCCACACAUCUGCCCAUCCACCCAUCCAUUCACCCAUGCACCCAUCCAUCUACCCUCAGACCCAUCCAUUCAUCUACACACCCAUCCAUCUAUCCACACACCCACACAUCUACCCAUCCACCCAUCCAUUCACCCAUGCACCCAUCCAUUCAUUCACACACCCAUCCAUUCAUCUACACACCCAUCCAUCUAUCCACACACCCACACAUCUACCCAUCCACCCAUCCAUUCACCCAUGCACCCAUCCAUUCAUUCAUACACCCAUCCAUUCAUCUACACACCCAUCCAUUCAUCUACACACCCAUCCAUUCAUCUACACACCCAUCCAUCUAUCCACACACCCACACAUCUGCCCAUCCAUCCAUCCAUUCACCCAUGCACCCAUCCAUUCAUUCACACACCCAUCCAUUCAUCCAUGCACCCAUCCAUUCAUUCACACACCCAUCCAUUCAUCUACACACCCAUCCAUUCACCCAUGCACCCAUCCAUCUAUCCACACAUCCACACAUCUACCCAUCCAUUCGCCCACACACCCAUCCAUACGUGUGUGCGCCCAUCCAUUUAUCCCCGCACCCAUAUCCCCAGACAUCCUUUGAGCAUUCUAAGGUCAUUCUGUGUCUCAAGCCCGUCAUAUAAACUCAGUAGUGGGCUGCAGUUUUUCUCACCCAUGAAGUGAAGAAGCAAUUCAGAGCCUGGUUUUGAAGGUCAGAUGUGAUGCUAGCCCCAAAAGAGCUUGGAAAAAGCUUCAUGAGGGACAUGAGCUGUGUCAGGUGCCCAGAAGGCCUGAAGAGAGCUGGAGUAGCUGUGGGCAUCCUCAGCAGAGGGCAUAGCCUGCCAGGUUGUGUUCCUGUGCACCCUUGGAACCAUGGUCUCUGCCACCUGUAGGGAAAGGCGAGAGUGUGGAGGUUGAAAGACGUUUUGUUGCGGACCCUCCCCCUCAGAGGUUCAGUGGGGUGGGUAAUAGGAGUGUCUCUCUCAGCCACUGUUGACCAGCUGUGUAAGCUUGAGCAAGUUCCCUGGUUUGGGGUCUUGGUUUCCUGUCUGUGAAAUGGGCAAGCAAUCAGUCCAGUCUAGUGUCUCUCAUGGGGGGAGCUGUCCUGGGGCUCAGAAGUUUCAUGAAAUGCCCCGAGCUAUGUCAGCACAGUCCUGUGCCCCAGGGCAGGCUCUCAGCUGCAGGGCUGGGAAGAGGGUGCUGACCAGUAUUCCCUUCAGCACGACAGGGUACCUGUGGCCCUGUGGCCGCCUUGAGAAUUUCCCCAGGUGGGACUUUAACGUGAACAAGGCAGUGGAAUGUGAGAAAGAGCUGACUGCUCCGUCCUGCUCCCCCUUCUCCUGGCCUCUGUCCGAAGUGAAUUUGAGGCCUUGGGUGGGCAAGAACCCAGGAGAUCCUCCUGAGAAGUAGGGUCCCUACUGAGCCAUCCACAAGGACUGCAGGAAAGCCUCUGGUUUCUCUGGCACGGGUUAUAGGUGGUGGGUGUACUCUGUGAAGACAGUGGGGAUUACAUCAUUGAGAAAACCCAGCUUGGCUCCAACUCUCAAGGAGCUCACAGACUAGAGUGGUGUGGAAACCCCUCUCUGGGGCUGCAGGCCCCACUUAUAAGCCUUAUAAGGGGAAGGCCCACUUAUGAGCCUUCCUCUGUCAUGUGGUCAUUCACUUUUUCCUUCUGUUGUUCCUUCCUUCCUUCCUUCCUUCCUUCCUUCCUUCCUUCCUUCCUUCCUUCCUUCCUUCCUUCCACCCAUCUGUCUGUCCUUCUACAAUACAUUCAUCUAUCCAUGCAUCCUCCCUUCUUUCCAUCCAUCUAUCCAUCCAUCUGUCCAUCUGUCCAUUUGUCCAUUCAUUCAUCCAUCCGUCUGUCUGUCCAUCUAUCCAUCCAUCCAUCAUCCAUCCAUCUGUCCAUCUAUCCAUUCAUCCAUUCAUUCAUCCAUCUGUCUGUCCGUCCAUCCAUCCAUCCAUCCAUCCAUCCAUCAUCCAUCCAUCUAUCCAUCCAUCUGUCCAUCUGUCCAUUCGUCCAUUCAUUCAUCCAUCCGUCUGUCCGUCCAUCCAUCCAUCCAUCCAUCCAUCAUCCAUCCAUCUGUCCAUCCAUCUGUCCAUCUAUCCAUGCAUCCUCCCUUCUUUCCAUCCAUCUAUCCAUCCAUCUGUCCAUUCGUCCAUUCAUCCAUCCAUCUGUCUGUCCGUCCAUUCAUUCAUCCAUCCAUCAUCCAUCAUCCAUCCAUCUGUCCAUCCAUCUGCCCAUUCGUUCAUUCAUCCAUCCUUCCUCCCUCCCAUCCUUCCUCCCAUCCUUCCUCCCAUCCUUCCUCCCUCCCAUCCUUCCAACCUUCCUUCCUUCCUUCCUUCCUUCCUUCCUUCCUUCCUUCCUUCCUUCCUUCCUUCCUUCCUUCCAUUGACCCAUGUAUCCAUCUAGGCACAUCAACAUUUGCCAGGUAACGUCUGUGUGCAGGUACUUGGAAUAUAAAGUUCAAAGGCGCAGCUCCACAUGCUGAUACAUUUCAAGGAGGUCCUGUGUCGAGUACUCCUUAGGUUCACAACAGUGAGGGUCCUGAUCAGCUGCAGCUUGAGUGGACACCCUGCUGCUGUGCCCUCUGGGUCGGGGGGGUGGGGUGGGGAGAGCGGUGUUUUUCGACCAGUUUGCAACAGCUGUGGUGUAGUGAGAGUAAACCCGGCCCGUAUUUCCACCUUCAGGUCCAGAGUCAGAGCCUUUUGGUUUAAAUAGCACGUUUUAUUGACAGGACAGUUUAGGGAGGGUCUGCACCCAGGGUGGGACACCAGCAGACUGUUGUUUUUAAAUACCAUCUGCCCCCACUGUACUUUGUAGGAAAAUAUAAAGCUACAGCCAAGGAAGCAAACUGCACAAUCACUCUGUCACUGCCUAACGUGUUGUGCAUUUCCGCCCGUCUCUUUUUAAGGAGUAUAUAAUUUUAAAAAUUAGACUCUAUCGAUUGUACAUGUUUUACAACUUGUUUCUUUCACCGAAGGGAUUCAUGAAUAUGUUUUAUAUCAACAAAUUCCCUGCCGCGACAUCAGUUUGCACGGCGGCUCAGAAUCCCCUGUGCGGCUGUGUCUGGCUUCUUUUCUCCCCGAGCCUGGUGUUGGCCAAGUCAGGCUGCCGGUGGAUUUUUGGAGCAUUUGUAGAUUGCUGCAGGGGCACCUCUGGAACGAAAUGGCUCCACACAUAAAACAGCGGGGACUCAGAGUCAUCUUAAUGACACCAGGGCAGCGCGGACUCGCUCCUCCUGGCCGGAGAGCUGGAUGGUUUCCACCGCCCUUCUUGGAAGGAUUUGCUGGAGGCCCAACCAGGUGCCCCUCGGGGACACAUCUUGCAGGCUGCCUGCCCACCUCUUCAUGCCUGAGCGAGAUUAUAAGCUGAAGCACAGAGGCUGGCCUGGGGUGCUGGUUCGGGGUUCCUCAGGGGCUAGCGGGAUGAGCUUCGUCAGCCCGUUGCUUGUGGGGGAAGGUGGGGGCCCCCCAGGGGCAGAGGUCCUGGGAGCCCCUUUCUGGAACUCUCGGCUCGGCGAGGUCUGCACUGGACACUGCUCUGCCCUAGAUCCCCCCUUAGCUUCCCGGGGUCCAGACCACGUGUCCUUUCCCCAGAAGUCCCUCCUGCCCCCUCUGCUUGACUGUCCAUUCCCUUCAGCGGCUCUGUGCUUCUCAGGCCGUCCGGAGAUGGAUACCCGGGUCACUCUCCUUGCCCUUCUGCAGGCCUCGACCUGCAGGGGCUGCCUGUCGGACCCCGUCCCUGGGGCCGGGGUGCCCAACCUCGGCUCCACAUCUGGGCCACCCGGGGCCCUAAACAGAUUCCUGGGCCCCACUCUCUUCCGUUCCAGAGCCUCCGCAGGUGGGCCUGGGGUGCCGGGUCUGCGUUCCGAAACUCCGCCAGCGAGUGAGCAAGCUGGUGGGCUGCUGGUGUCGGGGAACGUGUCCAGCCCGAGAGUGGAGCUGGUGGAGAGCGUGGGGUCAGAGCGGGCCGCGGCUGGGCGGGGACAGACCCAAGACCUCCACCCCGAGUGCACACCCCACACCUCUGCCCGGUGUCCCCUGGGCUGCCCCAUCCACCCCUUGCCCCUUCCUUGGCCGCGCAUGUGGCUCCUCCCAGUGGGCCUGGGCCUCUGGGGACGCGUCCUUCUGCUGUGACCCCCUGCCCCGCCCUGGGCACACCUUCCUUGGCCCCAGUGAAGUGGUCGGUGAUCGCUGAGCCCAAAGGCUUGAGCCGGUUGUGGACGGGGAGGAGGGGAAGCCGUUCCAUUCAUUAACAGAGGCAGGCGAGAAGUGGAGAUAAAAGUUGGGAAAAUGUCAUCCUUUGACAUUUACGUUUUCAGGAGAGCU